AACCUGGUCUGGAAUGGGGAGAGCAAGGUAUAGCGAUUACACAGCUUUUUGACGGCUCGGUCCAUGACACAUUUCGGAACGUUGUUCUCAUUCAGGAAAGGCAACUGAAGAUGCCACAAUAAGCCGAUACAAACAUGUUUUCUUUAAAAGUGUUCUACCUUGUUCUGGUAUCACAAAUUGCCCGUGCCUUACCAUUGUGCAGUUUUGACGGGCAGCUUUGUGAGGAUCUACCCAAGAACCUCAAUGAAGGGGCGUUGAAGAAGAUCAUCAACUGGUAUGAAGAGCAAUCCGUUCAAAAACCUCUCAAAUGUUCUGGUGAGCCUCUGGAGAGCCUUCCUUUUAAUACUAGUUUGUCAACUCCCGUGCUCAUUUCCCGGAAAUGCAAAGAGUAUGAGGAACCUAUGUUGCACUCCUUCCGGGGAAAGAUCGAGGAUUUCAAGUAUGAAGGAAGCGGGAAAUUCAAGAAGAAUUACACCCUCGACGACUCCUACGUCCAUGACAUAUGUUUCAGUCGACACGCAGUCUUAAACACACUAGCUCAUAACAUGACUGGCACCUUUAAAGAUGGACUUCCUCAGGGAUUGUUCAAGAUGGAUGGAGAGGAUGAUAGCACCAUCAUUGGCUCGUUCCGCAAGGGUCACCUGCAUUCUAGAUUCAGGAGGUGGGACGGAAGUAAGACCUUACAAAAGCUUGGUUACUUCCUUAACCAGAUGGUUCGAGGGAUGUGCUGGGAACGCCAUGGAGACACUUUGGUGUAUAGUCUUUGCGAGAACACCAAGAAACUGAAGUGGAGGGAUGAAUUUAGGUAUGCCCUGGCCAUCGUGAACAUGAGCUUGAUCAUUGUUGGCGAAAACCACCAAGAUCUGGGAUUCAUUAGUAAUGCUAGACCAGUGAAAGUGGACCAAGUGGAACUGAAUGAUUGCAUCUUGACCCUCAAAUGGACCAAGAUCCCAGGCGAACCUUUCAAUUAUCAUGUGAACAAGAAUCAGUUAGACUACCAGAGGUCUUAUACCGAUUUCUGCACCCCGUCCACCGAAUUCAAUGAGGGUGGCGAGGCCGUGAGGUCCAGUUUACGAAGCUGGAUCGGGCUAUUUCAAGAUUAUGUUGUCGGAGACAACUUGUGGAGAUUUGGUCCCAGUUCUGCUCCGCUCAAUCCCAACGCCCCCAAGCUAGUUAGCGAUCUUCAACAUGAGGCAGGGACAAAUUACACUGCCAAGUUUCAAGGAAAGGAGACACGACUUUCAUUGGUUAAAGGGGCGGUUCAAGAAAACCACCAACCCGUGGGCAUGCUUCGGUUCCACGUCCUCGACACUUUUGUGGACCCCAUAUUUUCCAAUGCAUCCUGGGUAGAGGUGGGAUUUUCCAUUUAUGACGGCAUUAUAGGCAACAUUGGCUUGGUUAUCUUGAAGGACUCGAGGUACAUGACAAUGAGACUUAAGGACGGAGUCAUCCAUGGCCCUGUGAACCUGAUUGGGAGAAAAGGUAUUUUCCCUUACUCGGCAGAAUAUGGAUCCGAGGCAGCUAAUUUAUUGAGCCGACAAGCCGACUUGGGAGGAAUCUUCAAUUACGAAAAUGGAUUUCCAGUGGGACAGGCUUGGCUAAAUCUAAUCGGUGGAGGCUUCUUUGUGGGGCGGCUCGACAAGCACCACAAGUUUACCGGCUCCAAUAUUAGCUUUGUCUAUCCGGAUUAUGAAGCUGCCUACGUCGGUCAGUUUGAUGACUUUGUAAUGCAAGCAGCUCGAAAAUCGAAAGUCAUUGGAGAGAAGUGCAGUGAGCGUGGAAUCAAGGAGCUCAAGUUUGCCGAGCCGUGGGGACCGGAAUUACACUACAGUCCACCCACCAACGAGACUUUCACAAAGGGACCCCGAACAUCCGACCCCUUCGAAGACAUCACAGUAGAACUAGCUCAGUCCAAGAUCCCUGGCAGUGGCCAAGGUGUAUUUGCCUUGAGAGAUAUCAAGGCUGGCCAAUUUGCUUGCCCCUACUCCGGCCUUUUUUACCGCAAUGAGGAAGAAAAGCAAGUUUACAACGCCAUGUACCUCUUCAAUACCUCGUUGUCCAAGGACGAAAGAAGAUAUGCCAAGAAGUAUACCAUCAAUACGGCUCACAGCUCGGCCCGCAUUGACAUUCCAAAGCACUUGGACCAACCGGAUUCGUGGCAUCCAACCUUAGGGCCCAAAGUGAAUACCGAUUUCCCACGACGCCACAUGAACUGCCAAUAUGGGGAUUUUGACCAUCCGGUUUAUGGGUUAAUUCAGGGUGUCCACGCCAUUAAAGACAUUCCUGCAGGGAGCGAAUUGUUCACGGAUUACGGAUAUGGCGCUGGUGCCGGGUUUCCCCAUGACUUCCCAUGGUAUCACGCGGCCAAAAAGGAGUACUUGAAGGAGAUGGAAAUCUUGGACAAGAAAGCUGAGGAAGAGGAGAAGAAGAGACUGGAGGAGGAGGGGCUGAAGAAGAAGAAGAAAAAGAGCAAGAAGGACAAAAAACCGGUGCCAAAAGUAAAAAAGUGAUGAUAGUUAAAUACUUAAUUUUUAGUGAAUACACGUGACUUAAAUCACA